UGCAACCAUUAGCUCCGUUCACUUCGAGGCAGAAUGGGAAGGCUGAUACUCUAUGGCAUCGAUGCCAGCGCCCCAGUGCGCUCUGUGCUGCUCACCCUGAAUGCCCUGGGACUGCCCUUCGAGUACAAAGUGGUCAAUCUGAUGGCCAAGGAGCAGCUUAAGCCGGAAUUCCUCAAGAUGAACCCCCUGCACACCGUCCCCACACUGGACGACGAUGGCUUCUACUUGUACGACAGUCACGCCAUCAAUGCCUACCUCGUGGCCAAGUACGGCAAGGAGGACUCUCUCUACCCCAAGGAUCUGCAGCAGCGGGCGAUCGUGGAUCAGCGUCUGCACUACGACUCCAGCGUUGUGGGUCGAACCCUGCGCGCCAUAACCUUCCCACUGUUUCGUCUGAACGAGACCCAAAUACCCAAGGCCAGGAUCGAUGCCCUUGAGGACGUGUACACCACUCUGGAGACGUUCCUGACUAUCAACGAAUACAUCGCCGGGAAGCAUCUGACUAUUGCCGAUUUUCACAUCAUCGCCAUCCUGUCCACGAUUGAGAUAUUCCUGCUGGUCGAUGCUGCCAAGUAUCCAAAGCUGUCCGCCUGGAUGCAGCGCAUUACCCAACUGCCCUACUACGCCGAAGGCAACGGCAAACGACUGGAGCAGUGUGCGGCCUUUUUCAAGAGCAAGAACUUUACAAUUGUCUAAGCCUGUGGUAGCAAAGAUUCCUCAAUAAAUAUAUUCGCCCAAUCCCUCCCCCA